UGGCCGUCUCCGCGGCGGCGACGGCCUGGGCGGACUGCGCGCUGUGCGCAGGCGCGGAGCCUGGACCUCGCUGCAGCCCCCGUCGUGUCCCGGAGUCGCACCCACAGAGUCAGCCCGCUGGCGCGUCAGUGCCUACCCCCUCGUCCGCCCUCCCGGGUUCCCCCAGUGCCCUACGCGCCCCAAUGGCGGAGCUGCGGCCUAGUUGCGCCCCCGGCCCCGCCGCGCCCCCGGCCCCUGGCUCUGCUGCCCCUCCGGCCUUCGCCUCCCUCUUCCCCCCGGGACUGCACGCCAUCUACGGAGAGUGCCGUCGCCUCUACCCCGACCAGCCGAACCCGCUCCAGGUUACCGCUAUCGUCAAGUACUGGUUGGGUGGUCCAGACCCCUUGGACUAUGUUAGCAUGUACAGGAAUUUGGGGAGCCCUUCUGCCAACAUCCCCGAGCACUGGCAUUACAUCAGCUUUGGUCUGAGUGAUCUCUAUGGCGACAGCAGAGUCCAUGAAUUUACAGGAACAGAUGGACCUAGUGGUUUUGGCUUUGAGUUAACAUUUCGUCUGAAGAGAGAAACAGGGGAGUCUGCCCCCCCAACGUGGCCAGCAGAGCUAAUGCAGGGCUUGGCCAGAUACGUGUUCCAGUCAGAGAACACCUUCUGCAGUGGGGAUCAUGUGUCUUGGCAUAGCCCUUUGGAUAACAGUGAAUCGAGAAUUCAGCACAUGCUGCUAACAGAGGACCCACAGAUGCAACCAGUGCAGACGCCCUUUGGGGUAGUUACUUUCCUGCAGAUUGUUGGUGUCUGUACUGAGGAGCUCCACGCAGCCCAGCAGUGGAAUGGGCAGGGCAUCCUGGAGCUGCUGCGAACAGUGCCCGUUGCUGGCGGCCCCUGGCUGAUAACUGACAUGCGGAGGGGAGAGACCAUAUUUGAGAUCGAUCCACACCUGCAAGAAAGAGUUGACAAAGGCAUUGAGACGGACGGCUCCAACCUGAGUGGUGUCAGUGCCAAGUGCGCCUGGGAUGACCUGAGCCGACCCCCGGAGGAUGACGAGGACAGCCGCAGCAUCUGUAUUGGCACACAGCCCCGGCGGCUGUCUGGCAAAGACACAGAGCAGAUCCGGGAGACCCUGAGGAGAGGACUUGAGAUCAACAGCAAACCUGUCCUUCCACCAAUCAACUCUCAGCGUCAGAACGGCCUCACCCAUGACCGGGCCCCGAGUCGCAAAGACAGCCUGGAAGGCGACAGCUCCGCGGCCAUUAUUCCCCACGAGCUGAUCCGAACACGACAGCUUGAGAGUGUACAUCUGAAAUUCAACCAGGAGUCAGGAGCCCUCAUUCCUCUCUGCCUCAGGGGCAGGCUCCUGCAUGGACGGCACUUUACAUAUAAAAGCAUCACAGGUGACAUGGCCAUCACCUUCGUCUCCACCGGAGUGGAAGGCGCCUUUGCCACUGAGGAGCACCCUUACGCAGCUCAUGGGCCCUGGUUACAAAUUCUGUUGACCGAAGAGUUUGUAGAGAAAAUGUUGGAGGAUUUGGAAGAUUUGACUUCUCCAGAGGAGUUCAAACUUCCCAAAGAAUACAGCUGGCCUGAAAAGAAGCUGAAAGUCUCCAUCCUACCCGACGUGGUAUUCGACAGUCCGCUGCACUAGCCUGAGCUGGGCCCUGCACGGGCCGCGGGAGAGCCCAGCUGCUCCCCAGUGACUUCCAUCACAACAACUGUGUAAGAGAUCCCACAAGUAAGAGGGCAAGAGGAUGAGCGCACAGCCACCGCACCUGCAGACACCGCACCUGCAGCCGCGGGGUGUCCUGCACAGGCCCGGCCCCACCUCGCCUGCAGCUCGGGCCUCACCUGCCGCUGGACCACGAGUGGGGAAAUGCAGACCACCCUGCCCCUCCUGCUGCUGCCAUGGGUUCUGGUUUGAGAUUGACCCUGGGCCUCUGAUGUGCCCCUAGGUGGAGACAGGCCUUGUUCUCACUGCUCCUGUCAUGCUCCUGUCAUGCAGCCUGGCAAGAAGGUGGUGUUCAGUUGUGUGCACUCCCAGCUCAACUGGGAAGCCUUUGCAGCGAGGCUCCUCUGGCCAUGGAACAGUUCCUCUGCUGGUGUUUGGUUUUCUUCCUCUCUAUUUUAUUUUGUAGAAACCGGAUGGUAUUUUAUUGCUCUUCAAAGAUGUCCAGAAGCCAUGUAUAUAAUGUUUUUUAAACAGAACUUUAUUCCCAGAUACUUUCUCAUUCUCUUAGAGGGGGGACUGGGGCUAUGUCUGCCCCUGAGCUCCCACCUGAGAAGGUGUCAGUGUUCCGCUGCCAGGACCUUGGACAAGCUGGCUUCACAGAGAGGCUUUUCUCCCCUACUGGGCCUGGUGGAACCUGGGGAAGGAGAGAGCAGAGACAUUCCUCCAUGCAAUUUAGCUAGGGCCAAGAAGGGUGCUGCUAGUUGCUAAGUGGAUUGGGCCCCCAGAGAAUUCAAGGACUGUCAAUAUUGUGGAGACUCUUCUUCUAGGACUUUUCUACCCAAUGAGGCCUACCUGGGAGAAGAUAAGGCCGAGCACCUCACAGACCAUCCCUACCAUCCAGUCAGGGUCUCAUUUGAUCUCUUUGAUCUCUUUGGUCGAUCUCUCUCUCUCUCUCUCUCUCUCUCUCUCUCUCUCUCUCUCUCUCUCUCUCUCUCUCUCUCUCAUUAUUUAUGGCCUAGCAGUCUCUCAGUUACAGAACCCUGGCGCACUAAAAAUGGAAGAAUCAACCUCUUGACAUAUCUUUCACUUUGGUUUUGUAAUCACUGCACUCUACUAUCCCCUUGCAUCCUUCAUUUCUCAUCUCAUUCCCAUUCCUUGUUCUGUCUCCUUUCUCGUGCUUCUUGGUCUCUGGCCUCCAGCAGCAUAGAUUCCAUGGUCUUCCUGCUACAUCUGAUCUUACUGUCUUGGGCUCCUCUAGGUUUUCUUUUCCAUAGCUGACCUGGAAUCAGUAGGCCCCUCCUGUUCCCUCUGUCCCCUCUAUCCUCCAAUUCUAGCAACUGCUAUUUCAACAUGACUGUCUGGGCCUUUCCAAAACAAAGUCAUUUUGUCUGUCUGGACCGUACAGGGCUCCUUACAUGCCAGGACCACCAUGGGUGCUGCAGGAGGCCCAUUGAGUGCAGGACCCCUCUGAUACAAGAUCCAGCCAACAACUGCCUCCAGGGACCACCAAAGCAGUGGCUGGGCCCUGUGGGGAGCAGGAGUUGGACUACCCAGGGGCCAGUAGGGCCUGGCCCGUCUUGCACACACUCUCAGGGCUAGCCGGGUACCAUCAAACUCAGAGCCUCAAGGCCAGUCAGCCUGCACUGUGGGAGAGACUGGCCCCGGGCGCCUCUGGCCAAGGUGCAAGCUCCUCUGGACCUGACGAGGACAGUAGCUCUGAGAACUUUUCCCAGCGGAUGUUUCCUGGCCUUCAUCUACCACAGCAUUCCUGCCUCAGAAGCUCUUCAAACAGCUCAUGGCCAGAGAAGUGCCAUCAGCUUGUGUCCUUUUCUUGCCAUCCUAACCUGCCUCUAGGAAUUCUUUUCUUUCCAGGGUCCUGCCUCCUCCCACCUGGGCUGCCUGCUAAGAGGGGUUAUUUUCUGAGCUGAACUUGGUCAUCAAAUGGGAGUUAGGAGGAAAGCAGGUGACCUCUGAGGUGAUGAACCCACCAGCAUGUCCGCCUUUCCCCACAGUGCAUUGGCCUCUGGGGGAGUGGCAGGGCAUCCCCAGGCUCUGACCAUAUUUCCUUUCCCUUUUGUGGUAGUCCCUUCCCAGAGCGUUCUCAGGGAGGGGGCUCUCCUCUGAGCUAGUUGGUGAGAGUGCGGCUGACUGUGCACCAUGCCCAGCACAGCACCUGGCAUAUGGUGGGUGCUCCCUAAACAUACACCUUUCCGUCCCUGCAGCUCUUCAGGAGCCCUGACCUCAUAGUGAAUUGGGGGUUAAAGAGCCUUCCCCCCAAAACUGCUUCUUCCAAGGACUUCCUUGAGGCUUUCCCAACCCUACCCCUACCUUCAGGUUCUUGGUGCUGAUUCUGGAGCUUCCUUUGAGAAGGAAGCCGUUGUUUGCCUCUAAAGAGGCAGACUCCUGGGACGCCUGAGGCCCAGUGUCUGUUCCAGGAGGACUGCAGACCUGCCGUUCCCCAAGGAUGUGGAGGCGCAGGUAAGGCCUCAGGACCGGGAGCCGGUGCCCCUUCCACCCUCCUUCCUCUUGCAGAGGUGUGGUGGCUUCACGGUCAGAACUGGGAAGCUUUAGGGAGUCAAAAAGGGCUGGAGCAUUUUAAAAAAGUAGACACAGGGUCUUGGGACUGGGUUUUGAGAUUGAAUUGAAAAUAGGGGCAAAACCUGACGGUCAGUGCCCCUGUGGGGCAGACCAGAGCAGAAUUCCUUUGAUUAUUUUUUUAUCUGGUUGUCUUUCCUCUCUGGCUUCCCAGUCGUGUGCCUGUAACAAGUCAGGAGCCCUGUAGAGACUCCUCCUUUUGUACAAGUACCUGAAUGCUGUAAUGAGCAGACUUUUGUAAAAUUUUAUAUUAGUUUCUGAUGUCAAUGGCGACUCAGUUCCUGGGGGCUGCAGCCAACCUGGGACUUUUGUAAGAAUUUUUGGGUGACUCACUUAGAUGUUUCCUUCUUGCCUCCUCUUCCUCUGUGUAAUCUAAGUGCAUUAAACAUAUUUG